AUACAGAGAGUGAUGGCGAGGAAGAGAUAGAGACUGUUUCCAUAAAGGACGCGUUAGAAAGCUUGGAUAAUGUGUUCAAUUUUCUCGUUCAUCCACCCGCAGGUUUUAAUUGCGAUGCAAGUACUGUAUCAACGUGA